AUGGUCGUGAUUCUGCCACGGUGGGCACUGCGAACAGCUCUCCGCGAAUUAUACGGUGCCGGGAAUCGCGAAAGAGUGGCGCUCAUAGUACGCGGCUCCGACAUUCAGCCUGUACUUAUUUUUUAUACAUUUACUUUUUGGCACUGCUGGAAUAAAUACACGGUAUGGGAUCAGGCAGCGGACACCAAUUAUACAAUAAAGCAAGUAUGCGCACAACAAACACCAGGAGGCCCAUGGUAUACCGGUUUUCGCAAUCUGCGCUCACCGAGUCCAGUAUGGGAAUUCAUCUAUGAGAAACCUUUCCGUCUCACACAGCCGAAAACGUGGCUUCGAAGCAGAUCUAUGCCGCGUGUCCCAAGGAGAAUGCACGGCCGUACCAUACCUACGCCUAUGUCACCAACACACUGGAGAAAUCCAAUCGCAAAACCUGCACCACCGGGCAUCAGCGUUGUUGAAGCACCGUACGAGGGCUGGCGACCGACGACACGCAGAUCACAGUUAGCAGAGCGCCGUGGAGUGCAAAUCAAUCCGGAAACUGGCGUAUUCGAGCGUAUCAGACCCCCUUCUAGAAGUAAUCAGUUUCACUGA